GAACAUCGGAAAUACUUUCUGGGACGGUGUAGAAUGUGUGGAGUAUAGUAGUUAAACAGUAAACGAAAGUGCUGUUUAUGUGCGAGGUGUUGUGAAAUUUUCGCGGUAAAAUAGUUAUGAAGUCUACUAAAACUUUGCUUUCUUAUUUACUUUUUAUGAUUUCGUUGGAAUGGAAAUCCGUUUAUGCUCUCCCUGGGAGCUGUUCAAAAGAUCAGUUUACUUGCAAGAAUAAAGAGUGUAUUACUAACACAUGGCAAUGCGACGGUGAAAACGACUGUGGAGAUAACAGCGAUGAAUCAGAUUGCGACAGCAUUAAAAAACACAGACCCUGUGAUGAAUCAACCAAUUUUCGCUGCAAGAAUAAAAAAUGUAUUCCAAAGUCCUGGACUUGUGAUCAUGUUGAUGAUUGUGGAGAUAACAGUGAUGAAUCAAAUGUGGACGGCCCUCUUUGUGUAAAAUCAGAUCAAUGUGCAAGAGACGACUUCAAAUGUAAAGUCAAUGGAUUUUGUAUUCUUCAAACAUUCGUUUGUGAUGGAUCAAAUAAUUGUGGUGACAACGAUAACUCUGAUGAACAUGAUUGCAAGAGCCGUACAUGCGGGGAACAUCAAAUGAAGUGUGACAAUGGAAGGUGUGUCUCUAAUGAUUGGAAAUGUGACAAGAGUGAUGACUGUGGUGAUGCAAGUGAUGAACGCAAUUGCAGUUCUAAGGCUUGCCCUGCCAACCGAUUUAAAUGUGUUCGAAGUGGUCACUGCAUUCGUGGAGAGUAUAAGUGCGAUGGUGCAAAAGAUUGUCUUGAUGGUUCGGAUGAAGUUGGAUGCAUAAAAACAACACAGAAAAUUCCACCAAUGACGACAGCCACAACAACUACAAACACGAAGGUCUCAAGUACACUAGCUAAUUCUAACCAAACCCAUACUGACUCUCUGACAUUCUUCAAGUUACUAUCAACGACUUCUGUAUCAUGCAACAGAUAUGAAUACCAAUGCCGAUUCUCAAAACGGUGUGUCCAUAUUAGUUGGCUGUGUGAUGGUGCAAGUGAUUGCAGAUAUGGAGAAGAUGAAGACAAAAAACUUUGUAGUGAAAAUAAAUGUAGUGACAAAGAAUUUCGAUGUUUAAAUGGGCAGUGCAUUGAUAAUGUAUAUCGGUGUGAUGAAAAAAGUAAUUGUUAUGAUGGUUCAGAUGAAAAGAACUGCUCUGAAAUUCUUUUACCAUGCUCCAAGCAUACACAUCAUUGCAACAACAGCGACAAAUGUAUUGACAACAGCUUGCUCUGUAACAACAAAAAAGAUUGUCCAGAAGGCGAUGAUGAAUCAAAUUCUUGUGGUGUCAAUGAAUGUUCAUCCAAUAAUGGUGGUUGUCUUCACUACUGCAGAGACUUGCCAAUUGGUCAUAUAUGCACGUGUAAACCAGGCUAUAAAUUGGCUCUGGACAAUAAAACUUGUGUGGAUAUCGAUGAGUGUUCAAUUUUUGGGCGGUGCAGCCAAGGUUGUGUAAACUUUAAAGGCUCGUUUGGAUGUCAAUGCGACAAGGGUUAUAUCUUGGAUCCUGUAAACAGAAGAACAUGUCACGCGCAAGCUCCUCACCCCAGGCUCAUACUUGGAGAUAUGGGUAAUAUUCGAGAGAUGUCGACGAAUGAUCGAAAGUACAAACCACUUAUAUCAGAUGCUCGAAGUGUAAGAUCCAUUGCAGUACAUGUUGAAACAGAAAUGAUUUAUUGGACAGGUCUGACGAAAAAAAAGAUAUAUCGUGCUUCAAUGUCUACGGGCAAAAUAGAAGUUGUCCUCGACAGUAAAACAAACAAGCCAGAAGCGUUAGCAAUUGAUUGGGUUGGACAUAAGUUGUUUUGGAUUGAUACGUUUCACAACGAAAGGAUCUGUGUUUCAAAUCUUAAUGGUUCCCACAUAAAAACUUUGGUAAACGCUUCAGCUAAAGAGCAACUUAUAGCUCUUGCUGUUUACGCUGAAAAAGGUUUCAUUUACUGGAAAUCAUUCCACCCAGACAUGCCUUCACCAAUUAAACGUGCAAACUUAGAUGGCACUGACAGAAUGACUAUUGUAGAAAAAUCGAAUGCAAGUGACAUCGCAGUGGACAAAACGCUCGAACGAAUUUAUUGGGCAGGUUCAGAAAGUAUUUAUUCUUGUGCAGUGGAUGGUAGCGAUGUUAGAAAAGUACUGUCGCAUAUAUAUCCUUACUUGUUGACUGUGUUUGAAGACUCGGUUUACUGGAUUGAUGGAGGGAACCAUAAACUGUACACUGCUAAUAAAUUUACCGGCAGAUUUAAAAAGGCCUUUAAGGAGGAAUUCACUUUCGUCACUGAUAUUCUGGUGUAUCAUCCUUUAGUACAAAAUACAGUUUUGCAUCCAUGCCUUAAAAACAAUGGCGGAUGUAGCCAUCUUUGUUUUGUCAGCCCAAACUUUAAUCGCACUUGCGCAUGUCCCGAUCUCAUGAUGCUUGGUGAAGACAAUAAAACGUGCACGAGGGCGGGUUUCCUGGCAACAACAAUUUCCAUAGCAGCAACCACUUCAAUUUCCAUGGCAACAACGAAUUCCAUGGCAACAACGACUUCCAUGACAACAACUUCGGUUAAGAGUACCAUUAAUACACGUACUAGUUCACCUUCCUCUCGUGGCGCUGACUCUACAUCUACUGCUACUUCGACAACACCAGCAACAUCUUCAAUAACCUCAGCAGCAGCAUCUCCCACAGCUGCUGAUACCACUACGAUGGCUUUAACCAGUGCAGCCUCCACUUUUACAGUCGAUUCUUCUACACCUUCAACGUCCUCGUCCAUUACCACCCAUUCCUUGACUGCAGAAUCCACUUUCAAAGUUACUUCUUUAUCAACGUCAUCAACAGAAGCAAACGUUACGAAGGUGCCACUAAGCAAUGUGAAGUGUACUACUCAACAAUACAGAUGUGUCUCUACGGGAAAAUGUAUUCCAGUAAGGUUUAUCUGCGAUGGUAAGUCUGACUGUGCACAGGGCGAGGACGAAAAAAACUGCAUUGACAGCAGAACAAAACCUUCGAAAUCGUUAUCAACGAUUGGUGUUGCGUUUGCUUCGUGUGCAGCGCUACUUUUCUUUGUUGUUGUUGCUGUUAUCGUGUACCGUAAAAAAAGACGUCGUUCUGAGUUCAAAAUGACGUACGAAAUGAAUCGAGGUAUGUUUUAUGGUAAAAACGACGGAACCGAACCUGAAAUAAAAUACUUAACGAACCCUUCAUCAUCAUCUGAAAAUUGCAAGAAAAAUCUGAACUUUGAUAAUGUGAAUUUUAAAGAAAUGGACGAAUUAAAAGUUCCCCUUCACGUCUCGGAAAUGUAUGGUGAAACGGUUGACAAUCAACCGUCAGACGAUUCGUCUAACGACUUAUGUUUUGAUGAUACUAGACCGAUAAUAUCGCAUAUGCUAUAGCAUUGGUGUGUGUUAAUGUUUGUGGUUUUAUGCGACGAGUUUAGUAUGUACCAUUGAAUUUCGAGAAUAUUGUUCCUUGAGUUUUUCUCAAAAAAGUCGCAAGGUUCAUAGCGUCUGAAAAGUCAGGAAGAAUCAUGUGCUUUUGUCAUGUGUCAGGAAAUGCGAGAGAAUCUUUUUUUAAUUGCAUUGACAAGGAAACUCGGGGGAAUAGAUUUUUUCUGUCAAAACUUUUUUGAUGAGUGAUACCUUAACAAACGUAGAUUUUGCUAGGCUCUUAGUAAUUUUAAUAUUUAUUUAUAAAAUCGUUGAGUAUUUAUGUUUCUGGUAAAGAAGUAUUUAUUUUGGUAUUUGUAGAACUUGUGUUUGUCUUAAGCAUUGUUUAGUUGUAAAGUUUUGUUUGGGAUUCUCCUGAGUGGUUUAAAUCGCGAAUAUGAUCUCCUCCAGAGGUGUUAUUUGUUUUUAAGUUUGAGUUCAGAUAGAUUUCCUCUCAAGAUGUUGUAAUCCCGAAGUUUGAGUUCAGUUACAAUCUCCCCCCGAGGUGUUAUUUGUCUCAAAGAUGGAGUUUACUUACCGACUUUUUUAAUCGACGCUGUGUUUUACGUUUGGAAGUUGUAAAUUAUUUAUUUUUAUAGACCGCAUUGAGGCGAAAUAUAGUUGGCGCUGA